AUGGAGGGAAUCCUCUGCUUGACCAUCCAUAUCGUCGAUCUGCACAUACAGAACCUGCAGCAGAAGGCUCUCAUCAGAUUGGCGAAGACUCUGGACAGCUGGGUUGAGGAGGAGAAGCAGCCAGUCAGUCAGAACUUUGCCCGAAUCUUCUGUGAGAGGUUUGUUAAGUAUGUGACAGCAGAUCUGAGUGCAGCAUCAAUUCUGAGAGGGGGUGCUGCCCCGGAUACUCAUCCGCAGCCAAAUGCAGCAAAGACAGCUGCGAGGGAGCCGACUACCUGGGCGGGUGUUGCUCAGAGGGGGAAAAACUCUGCCCUCCCUGGGGUUGCCCCUGCCAAGACUGCGGCUUCCUCGGCAGGCAGGGCUAGUGGAGCUAGCCUGCAGCCCAAAAGCGCCAGUCAGCCAGGGGGCCCCACAGGGGGCACAAAACAGCAGGAGGACCCACGAGUCCUCGUCACCCUCCAGCCAGAGAAACGGGUCGCCCGGCUACAGCCAUAUGCUGUGCGGCAGGCAAUCGCUGCAAACAUUCAGGGGGUGGGGGAUGUGGCCAAUGUGCCGAAGGUGGAGCCCACCAGGACAGGUUGGGCGAUCACACCAAGCGACAGAGGCAUACGCGACGCUCUGACCACUGAGAAGGCAGUGGCUACUCUCUGUGAAGUCCUUGGCGCCACGGAGAUCCGGCUACCAGAGCGGUGGUAUAAUUAUGCUGUCCCAGGGGUCCCAGAAUUUGUCCAGGACUGGGAAGGGGCAAGAAUCCCCACAGACAAGAUGAUUGAGGGAGAGGUUCUGGCUCAGGCAAAGGUAAAGCCAGAUGCCAGGGGUUCUGCCACCCACCAAAGUGUGCGCGACUGGCAAGAUGCUCCAACUGCAGUGAGCCCACAAGCCAGCAUGAGGGGCCAACAGGCGCGGAGUGCAAGAGAGCGCCAAGAUGUGCCAACUGCUGCCAACCCUACCCAGCUGGGCAUCAGCACUGCCCUGCCGCACCCAGGCGCGAGAAUGGCACCCUCAGGCGCCUAA